UCCGUUGCUCAUAAUUAAUCAGUUGAUAAUUAUAAUUUUCUUGAUUACUAAAUUUAUAUUUUUAGAAUUGCCAAAUUAAGUAUCAGCCAAGUUAGAUUAAGCACAAAUAUUUUUUUUAUAAAUGUUCAAACAUGGUUCCAGAUAAUUCAAUUGUUAAACGCUUAAUUAUUAAUUAUGAAGACAAAUCAAGAAGGUUCAAUCAAACUAAGAAAGAUUAUUCCCGACAAUUUUGUCAUUUAUAUACCGCUCGUCUCAAGUUAAUGCAGGAAAAUGUCUUGAAAGAAGUUUAUAAAAGAUUUGGUAACAAGUAUCCUGUCAAGAAGCUGAGUGAAAUACAUGAUGUAGGAGAAAAUAAAUGUAUUUUAGUUGGAACACUAUUUAAGCACCAGGAGUUGAAACCAAGUAUCUUAAAAGAAGUUUCGGAAGAAAACAAACUAAUUCCUUUGCCAACCAGAUUUAAUUUUGUUGAUGAUGACGAUAUAUUGAUCUUAGAAGAUGAGUUAAAUAGAAUUAGAUUAAUUGGUGAUAUAGAUAUACAUCAAAUUGCAACAGGUGUCGUUUGUGCAGUCUUAGGUUGUGAAUGUGCUGAUGGAAAGUUUUUAAUAGAUACCAUUAUAUUUUCUCAUUGUGAAAGCAUUCGAUCAAUGAUCUUGCCAAAAAAAAGUACAAAUCCUCAGAUUUUAUUGCUAUCUGGAUUAUCUUUAAGUUCCUUAACAGAUAACACUUUGUCUCUUCAUAUAUUUAAUGAUUGGUUGUCUGGGCUUAUCGGUAAUGGUGAAGGAACGCCUCUGGUUAGAAUUAUAAUUGCUGGUAAUUCAAUCAAAGGCCAGAAUGACGUAAAACAGAAAAAUGCUGAAUAUAAGCAAAAAAAUAUUGAAAAUAUUGGCAAUGAUAUUAAAAUUAUACAAAAUCUUGAUGAUUUUUUGAUGGGCAUUUGUUCUACUGUAUCAGUUGAUAUUAUGCCUGGGGAAUUUGAUCCUAGUAAUCAUAUGCUUCCUCAGCAACCACUGCAUCAUUGUUUAUUUCCAAAAGCUCAUGUGACAGGCUCACUCAGUGCUGUGACAAAUCCUUACCACUGCAAUAUUGAUGGCUGCAAUAUUUUGGGUUCAUCUGGACAACCAAUUCAAAGCCUACUAGCUUAUACCAAGAUUGAAUCUGCGAUUGAAGCACUUAAAAAUACUGUAAAAUGGCGUCAUAUGGCACCUACGGCGCCUGAUACUUUGCCUUGUUAUCCAUUCAUAGAGAAAGAUCCAUUUAUUAUCGAAGAAUUGCCUUCUAUAUAUUUCGCAGGCAAUUGCUCAGAGUUUGCUACUGAUCUGUAUGAAGAUGUAUCUGGUGAAAAUGUCAGACUUGUAUGUGUUCCUGAAUUUUACAAGACUCAAACUGCAGCUUUGAUCGACUUAGUAUCUUUAGAUUGUUAUCCUAUAUCAUUCGCUGUAGACUCAUAAUAUUAGAUCAC